AUGGAGUACAUGGGAAGCAAUAUAACAUACAACAAAGACAUAUACAGUGAGUUUAAGUACUACUGUGAACAGCAUGAGAUUGAAGUAAUGAGUAAAGGAGACUUUGAAACGCUUAUGAAAGACAGUGAGGAGGUCGUUCAUGAGAACAGUGUUGAAAUAGUUCAUGAGAACAGUGAGGAGGUCAUACAUGAAUGCAAUGAUGAAAUAGUUCAUGAGAACAGUAAGGAGGUCAUACAUGAGAACAGUGAUGAAAUAGUUCAUGAGAACAGUAAGGAGGUCAUACAUGAGAACAGUGAUGAAAUAGUUCAUGAGAACAGUGAGGAGGUCGUUCAUGAGAACAGUGUUGAAAUAGUUCAUGAGAACAGUGAGGAGGUCGUUCAUGAAUGCAGUGAUGAAAUAGUUCACGAUGUCGUUCGUGAAGAAGCCAUUGCAACAAAGAAUGAUAUAAAGGAUUUCAUAGAACUUAACAAGGAGGAGUUUAAAGAAGGCUAUGAAGUGAAAAGAUGUGAAGAAGAUUUCUUGGCGUAUUUGAAGAAAAAGAGACUAAAGCCAAUGGCUCAAAAUAAGUUUCAAUCGAUGUUUGAAAAGAAACGUUUGAGCUAUGGUGGUGUAAGAAGCACAUAUUACUUUGUUAAGAAGUGA